AUGGGUCAAAUCAAACGUCGAUGGAAUCCUGGAGAGGAUGAACGAUUAAAGAAGCUAGUAGAGGAACAUGGAGCAAAGAACUGGUUGUUUAUCAGCCAAUCAUUUCCUAGUCGAACUGAAAAAUCAUGCAGGGAGCGUUGGUGUAAUCAUCUUAAUCCUCAAUCAGAUCAUCAUCCUUUAACUACUGAAGAAGAAGAUACUAUUUUCAAAGCUCAUUCCAAAUUCGGUAAUCAAUGGGCUAUGAUAGCAUCUUUAUUGCCGGGUCGAACCAAUGACUUCAUAAAAAAUCAAUGGAAUUCCACCCUUAAACGGAAACACUCUUCCAUGUCAGAAGACUUGACAUUUGAAAAUCCUCAACUUCCUUUGAAGAGAUCAUUUAGUGUGGUUAUAAGUAUAAAUUCAAGAAACCCAUCUGAAUCUCAUUUGAAAUUUUCUAGGUUUCCUCAAUUGUGUCAUUAUCCGCCUACUAUCCCACCCUGUCAAGAUUUACAUCUUUCAACAUAUUCACCGGUAAUUCCUGAUCCAUUAACAUCUCUGAGUUCAUAUGGGUAUGAUUUGAGCAAUUUGGGUAUAUGUAGGUUCCCUUCGUUGAGCCUUUAUCCGCACAUUCCCCCAUUAGUUGAAUUUUUUCCUCAUUCAUCAUUUUCACCAGUAAUUCCUAAUCCUUUAACAAUUGUGAGUCCAUAUGGAUCUGAUCUAAGAAAAUCAAAUUUAGCUAAGUUACCUCAUUUAAGUCUUAAUUCUUCCAUUACUCAACUAGGUGAAAUUAUGCCUCUUUCAGUAGUUUCACCAGUAUUGCAUGGUCCAUCAACAACUUUGAGUCUCUCUUUACCUGGAUCCAAAUCUGGUGAGAAUUUGAAUCCGAUAAACCGAAUUGAGAAAGUAGCUGAACUGACACCUGUAUCAACAUCUCAACCCAAUCUAUCAAAUUUUAUUUCCCAAACUUCAACAACUCAGAAUGAUAAUUCUGGUCUUACAAGUAUGGAGAUACAGUUGUUGAGCCCAAAUAUUUGGAAAGUGUUACAAGAUAUGAUACGAAAAGAAGUAAAAAAUUAUGGGUCUCAGUUAGAGAAUGAAAGGGAUUCAAUGAACACAGAAGCAACAGUUGAUGCUACUGUCAACAACAUUGGUGUUAGCAAAGAUUGA